GACAGGCACACGGCUAGGGUGAGCGCUGAGUCCGCCCGCAUCACACUGACUGAGUGCCGGUCAAUCCCCCUGAAUCCCCUCUACAGCGCUCAGCAAACAGGAUACAACUUGGCUCUUACUCUGUGCAUUCAGCCCCUAAACGGAUCAUGCCUGCUGACACUAUGGAGAAGCCCACCGCAUCCCCUAUUGCAGGGGCUCCUGCCAGCUCCGCACAGACCCCAGACAAGCCUAAGAGUGCCAGUGAGCAUAGAAAGUCCUCCAAACCUAUCAUGGAGAAGCGCCGGAGAGCUCGGAUCAAUGAGAGCCUGGGACAGCUAAAGACUCUCAUCUUGGACGCCCUCAAAAAAGAUAGCUCCAGACACUCAAAGCUUGAGAAGGCUGAUAUCCUAGAGAUGACAGUGAAACAUCUGCGAAACCUGCAGCGUGUCCAAAUGACAGCUGCUCUGACAGCUGAUCCAUCCGUCCUUGGCAAAUACAGAGCUGGGUUCAAUGAGUGCAUGAAUGAAGUGACAAGAUUCCUCUCCACAUGUGAGGGCGUCAAUACAGAAGUCAGGACCCGUCUUCUUGGACAUCUCUCUGGCUGUUUAGGUCAAAUAGUGGCCAUGAACUACCAACAACCAACCUCAAACCAGCCUCUGCACGUCCAACUGCCCUCUGCACCUGGGGCUCCCACUCAAGUCCCAAUUCCUUGCAAGAUGAAUCCAUCUGAGUCAGUCUCACCUAAGGUUUUUCAGGGAGGUUUCCAAUUGGUGCCAGCUACUGAUGGACAAUUUGCCUUCCUCAUCCCUAACCCAGCCUACGCCUCCAGCCCUGGGCCUGUCAUCCCACUAUAUGCCAACAACAAUGUCACAUCUAGUGGGGGACCACAAGGACAAUCCCCUGUGCAAGGGAUAACCACAUUCACUCACAAGCUGCCUCAUAUGCCACAGUCCAUUAGUCCUCUUGGAGGUGGCAGUGGGCCAGACUGCACAGAGUCUGUUUGGAGACCCUGGUAAAGAGUACCAGAUAUAAGACUGAAUAUUGGUUCCGUUAUAGGGACUUUGCCUUAGAGACAAUCUGCACAAAUAUAUUUAUUUCAAGAUAUGGGGAUUUUUCUCUCUUCUCUUUUUUUAAUUUUAUUUUAAUUAUUAAAACCAUGUACCCAUUGUUUUGUAAUAAAGCUCUUAUUCUGAGAUGGUUUUUAGUUUUGUACACUUCGUACAAAAAAAAGAUGUGUAAUGCCAAAGUUAUUGUGUUGGUUUUUGUGUCAAAAACUUUCCAAAAACAUGCAGGAGUUUUCCAAAAUAAACUCUUUAAAUUAAAAACAAAAA